UUUUUUGGAGAGCAGAAGUUGGCAAAGGGAUGUCAGUGCGAUGAUGGCGCUGCAGCUGAAGACCGGGGAUGCAGCGUACUACCAGAGUGCAGAAUACUGCAGAAAUUACACUUCACCGCCUGUCAGCUACGGUGACAGCAGCCAUUAUCUCACCCGACUGCCAGGUCCAGAAACCAUGUUGAAGCCUCCCCUGAGUCUCUUCAGUCACCCACAGCAGCCUUUCCAUCACAUGGAAUCGCUGCACCAGCUGGGACCUCCACCAAUGGCACCAACGCAACCUCUCGGCCCACCUCCCAUGGCCCCUGCUCAUGCAAUGGGACCCCCAAGUAUGAUUCCCCCGCAGACUCUAUGUCCCCAUCCCCUAACUGCUGCUCCUCACACACUAAGGCCUCCUCCCAUCACUCCACCUCAUAACUUAGGCCUGCCUCCAAUGGCCCCAACUCAGCCACUCGGGCUUCCACCAAUGGCGCACACGUUGCUGCCCCCACCUGUAGACCAUUCCCAAGCAAUAGUGCCUCCAACCAUGGACCUUACACAACAACUGGGGCCUCCUCCUUUAAAUCCUCCACAGGCCUUGGUGCCCCCUCCUGCAGGACGAUUCUCCCUCCCUCCAUGUCCACUGUCUUCCCCUCCUGCUCCAGGCCCAGACCCUUCUCAGCUGCUUCCAAGACCCCCUGGACCAGCUCCCAUCCCUGCCCCCAUGUCCUGUGUCAUACCUGGUGGUCCUCUACUAGGUCAAGCAGCCCCAGCUAGCGAGCAGCCUCAAGAUGAGGGCUCUUCAUUGGGGUCGGAGGAGCAAGAAGACUCCUUGGGGCUUGGGGAACUGUGUAAACCACUGUACUGUAAACUCUGCAAUGUUACACUCAACUCAGCCCAGCAGGCUCAGGCUCACUACCAGGGGAAGAACCAUAGUAAAAAGUUAAGAAAUUUUUAUGCUGGCAGUCAACAGCCUCCAGCGAUCAGGAUCCCAGAUGCACUGGAGGGAGCCGGCCAGACAGCGCUCAGCUCAGGAUCCAACGACAGUGACGCAGGCAGACAGGCACUCUAUAAGGGGGCAACCCGGGUCAUCUUAGCCACAGAGAAUGACUAUUGUAAGCUGUGUGACGCCUCCUUCAGUUCACCAGCAGUCGCACAAGCCCACUACCAGGGCAAGAACCACGCCAAGAAACUGCGACUCGCUGAGGCCCAACAGAACGCCAACAACAUGGAAGCAAACAACGAGACAGCCCCAAGAAGAAGUAGGAAAGACGGAAGUGAAUACAGACUGGUGAAAAGCCGCCGCAGCCCACAGCUAUCUGCUUCCAUGCCAGGGCCGUACUACAACCCCAGGCCCAGGCAGCGCAUCCCGAGGGACCUGGCCAUGUGCGUCACUCCCAGCGGACAGUUCUACUGCUCCAUGUGCAACUGCGGAGCCGAGCAGGAGGCAGACUUCAGGCAGCACCUGGAGAGCAAGCAGCACAAAGCUAAAGUGUCUGAGCUGCGAUACCGCCAUGAGAUGGAGAACCUCGGCUACAGCUAGGAGACACAAGAAGGAGAGAGAGGCAGUGGUAAAUAUGCAGAGAGGAAGCAGGAUAUUGACAGAGGUAUGGCAUGUAACCAGGUCAUCUGACCUUAUCCAUGACAUGACAUCUUUUAAUGGCAUCAUUCCCCCAUCUUCUAAUGCUCCAGUAGAUCAUUGGCUGGUUGGUGAUUGGGAAUUUGAAAGGCGACAGGAUACAUAACAAAUUUCCUGUUCGUUUUUUGGCCUUUGGCUCUCUUAUAAGCUUGAUUUGACCAUGAAAGUGUUAAGUAUUUUAGAAUAAACACCAACAAAAAGAAAGACAGAAAAGCGUGGCAGAGAUUUUUGUUUAAUACAGUAAAAUAUCUUGUUAUGCAAAUGCACAGAUAUGGGGAUCCAGGUUGUGACCUAUAGCUCCAAACAUCACAGCAUCUUUUUUUUUUUUACACAUUAUUUCAACUCCACAGAGCUCUGUUUUAAUUAAGUUUUCUUUGGAGACAGUAAAAGAUAAAUGUCCCUUUACUGUGUCAGAGAGGACCCUGAGGAAAGUUAUAAAAAGUGUUAUUUCAAAGGGUAAUAAAAGGGACUCAAAGCAUCAUCCUGUUGUUUUGCUUGAUUCAAGACAAUCCUAAACCAGUGAGCUCCAAAUGAAAAGAAAUUAUGGAGCCUGAAAUAGCGUGCUAACCACCUUAGUGGCUAAUGGGCUGAAACACGUCGACAACUGGUUAACUGCUCCCGUUAAAUGGGGACUGUUUUUUGGAGGGAUGUUGUUGCAGUAAGACACCAAUCUGCACCGUAGGAUCUUCAUUGAUUGCACAAAUGUUUCAAGCAGUCAAGUGCAAAAAAAAAUUAGAAGAAAACACUGUGGUAAAUAACAGCAUUUACAGACAGCCAUAACUGUUCGGAGGUUUUGUAUUUUGGCGAUCUUCACUUUUCUUUCUCUUUGUUCACUUGAGAUGGUUCUUUUAACAUUAAGGUCUAAAAAGGAGACUUUGUAGUUGUUUUGUGGUAAUUUGUUAAAAUAGUUCACAUACCUGAGGUAAUGUUUCUGUUUGUUGUUAUCAAACUGUUUUUAGAGGCUAUUACGGUUUGUAAUUAUAUAACUCUAUUAUUCUGAACCACUGAUUCUAUUAUAUUCAGUGAUUCUCUGUUUGUAACCAAGCUCUAUUAUCUCUGCUGAUGUGUUUCAGCACCAAAACUUACAAGUAACACAUCAGUUCCUCUUUGUAAAUGAUGGAGAAGUGUUAGAUAUUGCACUGUAUGAAUUCUAACUGGUUUAUUUUGUGAACGACUCAAGUCAUACUUUAAAACUGUUGAGACAUUUCUACGAGAGGAGAAGGUGAGGAUGUUGUUUUAUAACACUGAUUGUCUGGAGAUGUUUUUAUGCUGUGGUGAAUCUAUAAAAGGGCAUUGGAGAGGAUUUGUGAUUUUGCACUGAAAAUAAGGAAACCACUAGUGUUUAUAAAGGGAAUUAUGCUUAUUAUGAUAUGCUGUUAUGUUCAAGUGAAAUCUUUGCUAGAAUCGUCUUUUUUUUUGCCUCUGAAUAAUUUGUAUCCUAAUGUUUACAAAUGAGAAGUUGAAGCUUUUAUGGAUAUGUAAUAUAUUUCUAAUUCUGUAAAUGUAUCUGUGUGUAACACUGUUGGACUGAUCGGACCAGGAUAGAUGGGCGACACUGUGAGGUUGAUUAGAGAAUGCACAAAUCAUUUUAUCACCAGAUUUAUAAAUUAAUUACAUUUGACACAGCUGGUCUGACAAAAUGAUGAUGGACGCUGACUUGAUCUUAAAUGUUUCAAUUAGACCUUGGACUCAUUGGGAAUACAAUUUCACUAUCUGCUUGCAUCUGUUUGUUAACUUUACUUCAAAAACACAGUUGUUCAAAAAUAUCACAAUGACAAACAGUCAUUAUGUCCAAUCUAGUUCUCUGGUGACUGGAGAGAGUGAAAUCCAAUUCAUUCUUCCCCCUUUUUUUCUUAAUAACUUCUAUAAUCUACAUACAAGCUAAAUGUGUGGAAUAGCGUCUUGGCUAAUAAUGUUCACAAGAAGUAUGGGACAAACCACAGUUAAAAUGAGGACAUUUAAAAGUCCUGCAGACUUGCUGCAGCAAUUAUAUUUUCUGAAGACGUGGUAUGAUUUAAGAGCAUAAUAAAUCUCUUCAUUUAUUUCUCCAGAGAGUUAAGGGUCAUCCAGAGUGAUAAGGUAAGAUGUACGGCAAGCAUCUCUCAAAGUGUCAGACUAUUCAUCAAACACAUGGUGGCCAUCUGCCUCUUAAGCUGAAAUGCUUAUAUAAUCUGGCACUUUGCAAGAUAAAAAUCAUUUUUAUCAGCAAUCGAACUGACAAUGGACUAUAAAAAUCUACGGGGUAUAUUUCAAAGUGAAAUCAUACCUGCUUACUGUCAGAAACAGCCCUGGCUUUCCACAAUUAGAGGUACAGCUUUGUCCACAGGGCGCCAACAUCAACAUACAUUUCCUCACUGGAGCUUAAAGCAUGUAGAGGAUAAGAUAAGCACUGACAGAUUUGUGCAAAUGGGGCGCCAAAAUAUACGCUAACUGGAAGCUCCCCACAGUAGCUUUAAAUGAAAUAAGGCUCUUAGGAGACUUGCAACAUGGAAAACAGGAGUGUGACGUUAUAAAGAAAUGAUUCCUCUCCUUGAGUGUAGCAUCAUCGGAAAAUGGCUACCAUGUUAAUAUUGAGACUUCUUUUCAAAGUGUGUACUUUCCCUGAGUCCACUUUGUCUGUCCCCUCCAGCUGUAUUUAUUUUAAGUGCAGUUACUCAACACCAACCUAUAGAUGAUGUAAUGCUUGCCUCAUAUGAAAGCCCAUGUAUCCUGGUCUACAGUACGUCCGUCUUGUACACUGACAGAAUUCAGGACCCUUCACCUUCAUCCACUGUAAGGGGCCACAAACGUCUCCCUGCAGGACAGUAUGUACUCCUGUUCUCUCUGUGAAAACCUCAGCACACUUUCAGUGCCUCUGAACAAUGUUGCCAAUAAACCGUUACUGACUGACUGAAUGGGUGCCUGGACGACUGAUGUACUGGUUUCUGCGGCUGUGUGUGUGUGUAUGUUUUCUGACAGAUGAAUAAACGUGGAGAUGAUAUUAAAAUCCAA